AUGGCCCUGUCUUCCGAACCCGCUGAGAUGCCGCGCCAAUUCCCCAAGCUGAACAUCUCUGAAGUGGACGAGCAAGUCCGGCUCUUGGCGGAGAGGGUAUUUGCUAAAGUGCUCCGAGAAGAGGACAGCAAAGAUGCCCUGUCGCUCUUCACUGUCCCUGAGGACUGCCCCAUUGGGCAGAAAGAAGCCAAAGAAAGAGAGCUGCAGAAGGAGCUCGCAGAGCAGAAGUCUAUUGAGACCGCCAAAAGAAAGAAAAGUUUCAAGAUGAUUCGGUCUCAGUCCCUGUCACUGCAAAUGCCAGCACAACAAGAUUGGAAGGUCCCUCCUACAGCCAGUCCGGCCUUGUCUCCCUGCGCAGCCCCUGAGGUCACUGAGACUAUUUCCCAGCCCCUGCCAGCGCCCUACGUCAUGCCUGAGUUCCAGCGGGUUACCAUCAGUGGGGAUUACUGUGCUGGGAUCACGGUGGAGGAUUAUGAGCAGGCCGCCAAGAGCUUGGCCAAGGCCCUCAUGAUCCGGGAGAAGUAUGCUCGGCUCGCCUAUCACCGUUUCCCAAGGACCACGGCCCAGUACCUGGGUCAUCAGCAAGCUGACACUGCCUCUCUGGAAGAAGGCCUCCCAGAUUUCCACCCUCCCCCAAAGCCCCAGGAAGACCCUUACUGCUUGGAUGAUGUUCCUCCCAACCUGGGCUACUUGGUCCACAUGCAGGGAGGCAUCCUCUUCGUGUAUGAUAACAAGAAGAUGCUGGCGUGCGAAGAGCCACACAGCCUGCCCUACCCUGACCUGGACACAUACACAGUGGACAUGAGCCACAUCCUGGCCCUCAUCACUGAUGGCCCCACGAAAACAUAUUGUCACCGGCGACUGAACUUUUUGGAAUCCAAGUUCAGCCUUCACGAGAUGUUAAAUGAAAUGUCCGAAUUCAAAGAAUUGAAGAGUAACCCCCACCGAGACUUCUAUAAUGUGAGAAAGGUGGACACACACAUCCACGCGGCCGCCUGUAUGAACCAGAAGCACUUGCUGCGCUUCAUUAAGCACACGUACCAGACGGAGCCUGACAGGACCGUGGCCGAGAAGUGGGGCAAGAAGAUCACCUUGCGGCAGGUGUUCGACAGCCUGCACAUGGACCCCUAUGACCUCACUGUGGACUCGCUGGACGUCCAUGCGGGCCGACAGACAUUCCAUCGUUUUGACAAGUUCAACUCUAAGUACAACCCUGUGGGGGCCAGUGAGCUGCGAGACCUGUAUUUGAAAACGGAAAACUACCUGGAAGGAGAGUAUUUUGCUCGAAUGGUCAAAGAGGUGGCCCGGGAGCUGGAGGAGAGCAAGUACCAGUACUCCGAGCCGCGGCUCUCUAUCUAUGGCCGCAGUCCUGAGGAGUGGCCCAGCCUGGCCCGCUGGUUCAUCAAGCACAAGGUCUACUCACCCAACAUGCGCUGGAUCAUCCAGGUGCCGAGGAUCUAUGAUAUAUUUAGGUCAAAGAAGCUGCUGCCAAACUUUGGGAAGAUGCUGGAAAACAUCUUCCUACCCCUUUUUGAGGCCACAAUCAACCCUCAAGAUCACAGAGAGCUACACCUCUUCCUCAAAUAUGUGACAGGGUUCGACAGCGUGGAUGAUGAGUCCAAGCACAGUGACCACAUGUUCUCGGACAAGAGCCCCAGCCCUGACAUCUGGACGAGUGAGCAGAACCCACCUUACAGUUACUACUUGUACUACAUGUAUGCCAACAUCAUGGUGCUCAACAACCUCCGCAGAGAACGAGGCCUGAGCACUUUCCUGUUCAGACCUCACUGUGGGGAGGCUGGCUCCAUCACCCACCUGGUGUCUGCUUUCCUGACUGCCGACAACAUCUCCCACGGGCUGCUCCUCAAGAAGAGUCCGGUACUGCAGUAUCUCUACUACCUUGCUCAGAUCCCCAUUGCCAUGUCUCCUCUUAGCAACAACAGUCUGUUCCUUGAGUAUUCUAAAAACCCUCUGCGGGAAUUCCUGCACAAGGGACUGCACGUUUCUCUCUCCACCGAUGACCCCAUGCAGUUCCACUACACGAAGGAAGCACUGAUGGAAGAAUAUGCAAUCGCAGCUCAAGUCUGGAAGCUGAGCACGUGUGACCUGUGUGAGAUUGCCAGAAACAGCGUGCUGCAGAGCGGCCUCUCACAUCAGGAAAAACAAAAGUUUCUGGGACAAAAUUAUUAUAAAGAAGGACCUGAAGGAAAUGACAUUCGAAAGACAAAUGUUGCUCAGAUCCGGAUGGCUUUCAGAUAUGAGACCUUAUGCAAUGAGCUCAGCUUCUUGUCCGAUGCCAUGAAAUCAGAAGAGAUCACAGUCCUGACCUAA